AUGUCGAUGUUCCGAGCGAAGAAGCUCGACCUGGGCUGCUUCGUCAAGGCCCGGACAAUUCGGGACCACACGAAGCGCAAGGUCUUUGAGCAGUUCGAGACGGAGAGACAAGCCCUGCGAUACAUCAUCCGCAACACGACCCUCUCCCCUCGUGUCCGCGCCGAAGCCCAGCUGCAACUCACCCAGAUGCACGCCUAUACCCGCCCCACGCAGAUUCGCAAUAGAUGUAUCAUGGGAGGCCAAGGCCGUGGCGUGCUGAGUGAUUUUAAAAUGACGAGGUUCAACUUUAGAAUGCAGGCAAUGGCAGGAAACUUGCCGGGUGUGAAGCGAGCAAGCUGGUAA